GGACCGAAUUGAAGCCAUGAUACAUGCUCUAACUUCUAUGCUUUCGUGAUCCGGACAUUUCUCUUGCGACCACUUACCUAGAGGCUUCAGUAAUAAUCACGAAGACCAGCGAUAGGCUAAAAUGUCUUCAUCAGGGUCAAUCGUUACUCCCUCUGUGCCCACCCAGCGACUGAUGUCUGUCGCAUCUCAUCUACACAGUCAACGAUUCAAAGUUGUCGUAUGUCGCAACCUCGGACCCCAUGUCAUGUCCAUUCUCGAGGCAAGACCAGAGCUAGAUUUGGUUGUCUGGCCGCAAGAUAGUGCCUGUGAACGGUCAUGGUUGAUGGAGAAUAUAUCUGGUGCAACCGGGGUGAUUGUCAUGCUCACGGACAAAGUUAAUGCAGAGCUUCUAGACAAGGCUGGACCUUCUUUGAAGGUGGUAUCCACCAUGUCCGUUGGAUAUGACCACAUUGACCUCAAGGAAGCAGCACAACGUGGUCUGAAAGUGGGAUAUACUCCUGACGUCCUGACAGACGCAGUUGCUGAUCUGUCGGUCAUGCUCGCUCUCAUGGCUGGCCGAAAUGGAGGCACAGCUGUGGACCUUGUGCAAAGGGGCCAGUGGGCAACUUUCUCGUGGGCUCCUUUUGGCUUAUGCGGGCCACAACUCAGUACUACGGCCGCGUCACCCACAAGGAAAAUCGGGUUUCUAGGUUUUGGACGAAUCGCACAAGCGACGCUAGCGCGCCUUGUACCGUUCGGUAUCACACAUUGCUUGUAUUUCUCAAACCCGUCCUCACUUCCAAAUCAUGCUCGGGAUGCUGCGCUCGCGAAACAACACAAGCUUCAAGCAGUCUCGAAGGUAGACCUCGAUGAACUUUCGCGGGAAAGCGACGUUCUCUUUAUACUUGCUCCUGGAGGGGGCGAAACGUAUCACAUCGUGAAUGAGACACUGCUUAGGAAGAUGAAAAGGACCAGCAUCCUCGUGAACGCGAGUCGCGGAACGUUAGUUGAUUCAGAUGCUCUGGCGAAGGCUUUGAGAGAAGGAUGGAUCUGGGGAGCUGGAUUGGAUGUCGUUGAAGGGGAACCUAAUGUCACCAUUGAUCACCCUCUCGUUAAAGAGCCGAGAUGUGUGAUAGUGCCUCAUAUUGCAAGCGCUACACUGGAAACUCGACUAGAAAUGGCAACUCGUGCGGCACAGAAUUUGAUUGGGGCGAUUCUGGGACGGGAGAUGCCUUCUGAGGUCAAUCUGUCGGAUGUAUCGUAACAGUACUUCAAUUGCAAGCUGGUCGAAUCAACAUCCUGCUCUUACAUUAUAGAUGACUCAGGCGAAC